AUGAAUAUGAAGAGUCUAUUUCAUUUUGUUUUUCUUUGCUCUCUGGCUUUCUCUGUUUUCAUUUUAGUUUCUGGUCAACAACAAUCUCUUGAGUUUCUUAACCUAUGUGAAACAAGUGAAGACAUUGUACAAGCUUCAUCAAACAGUGAGUUUCCUAUAGCUGUUUCUCUGAACAAUGAAAACCUCAAUCAUGUCUCCAACAACAUUUUACUAGCUGAAACUUGGCUUAGGUCAAAUAUUUUCCCAUUUUACCCUUCAUCAAAAAUCACCAACAUUGUUGGAAAAACCUCAACUUUCUGUCAACAAGACCAAAACCUAAACCAAAACAACCUUAUUUUGGUUCUCUCUGCUUUGAAAAAUCUCCAUCACUCACUCAAAAGAUGGGGUUUAGAACAAGACAUCAAAGUUUCCAUUGCUCUUGAUUUACAUUGUUUUAGUUUUAACCCAAACACUGAUUUGAGAAUGGUUAAACCCAUGACUGAGUUUCUCCAUUCUGUUAACUCAACAUUCUCCCUCAUCCAUAAUUCAGAUAAAAAUCCAAACUUUAUCACUUCCCACUUAGAAUCCAUGAAAAAGCUUGGAUUUUUCAGCCUCAACAACAUCAUAAACAUUGCUACCAUUGUCCCAAAAGAGAGAAACACCAUAACCAAAACCAAAACCAGAAAACUUUAUGUCACCACAAUCCCUGUUAAACCAACCCCAUUUCCAGAAAUCGCUCACCCCCCUAUGAAUUUCCCUGUUGGGUCACCUUCAAAUCUACCAAAUUCAGAACCUUUACCACCUUUAGCUCAAAUAGUUUCAUCACCCCCACCGAUUUCCUCUCCUAGUUUCUCCCCUCAAGAACAACCAUCACCACUCCCACCACAGUUUCUUGCCCCUCCUGCUAACUCUCCUCAUUAUGGUUUCACUCUACCACCUUGCAAUCCAGAUUAUACCGGUUCACCUUCACAUUCACCUUCACCUUAUCCAAAUACAGUUCCUGUUCAGAAACUCUGGUGUGUCGCAAAGCCUAGUGUUCCUGAAGAAACACUGCAACAAGCUUUGGAUUAUGCUUGUGGUGAAGGCGGUGCUGAUUGUAAUGAGAUUACAACCUCACAAGGGAACUGUUUCUACCCUGAUAACUUAGUUGCUCAUGCUUCUUAUGCUUUCAAUAGUUACUGGCAGAAACAUAAGAGAAAUGGUGGAACAUGUAACUUUGGAGAAACUGCUAUGUUGAUUCAUUCUGAUCCAAGUUUCCUUCACUGUAGGUUCAUUCUCAGCUAG